UUCUCCGCUCCACCCGAGUUCUCAGCACCAGCCUACCGUCGAUUUCCUCACGGCGGCCGAUCGUGCGAGCUCCGGCUCCGCAGCGGCCUCCAACCCCGCUUCUUUGGAAGUAACAGUUCAAUCGGCCAUAGCGCCUCUCAAUUGGGGGUUUCGUGUGGUGCACGGAACCGGCGCCGCUUCUCCGCGAUCCAGGCAUUGGUUGACUCUCCGGCACUGGUGGAUGUGCCGCUCGCGCAGACGGGAGAGGGCAUAGCAGAGUGCGAGCUUCUUAAAUGGUUUGUGGAAGAGGGGGAUCAUGUAGAAGAAUUUCAGCCGCUCUGUGAAGUACAGAGCGAUAAGGCAACUAUAGAAAUCACAAGCCGGUUCAAAGGAAAGGUCCACCAGGUCCUCUGUGUUCCUGGUGAUAUUGUGAAGGUUGGUGAGACUAUGUUGAAGAUUCAUAUUAAUGAAACAGAAAGCACUUCUGAGGAUGAUGAUGCUGAAGCAUCAUCUGAUUUGCAACAAUCAGAUCCAGAAACUUCAUUAAAUAAUCAACAAUCUAUAGGGGGUGUUCUUGCUACACCUUCUGUAAGGCAUUUAGCAAAGCAGCAUGGUAUAAAUGUAAAUGAUAUUAAGGGGUCGGGUAAAGAUGGAAGAGUUUUGAAGGAAGAUGUCCUGAACUAUUCUAAUAGCAAAGGAAUAGGUAUAGAGUUGCCCUUCCUAUCAUCUGAGGGUGCUGAGAAUGCAGAGCCUUUUCGAGAAAGGAAAGAAGGAUAUACUUCUCCGGAACAAUGGAGCUACGAGGACAAGGUCCUUCCUCUCAGGGGAUUCCAGAGGUCUAUGGUCAAUUCAAUGACCAUGGCUGCAAAGGUUCCACAUUUCUAUUUUAUGGAAGAAAUAAAAUGCAAUGCUCUUGUCGAGCUCAAAGCAACCCUGCAAAAAGAAAACACCGACCCCGACGUCAAACACACAUUUCUACCAUUUCUGAUAAAGUCUCUUUCCAUGGCAUUGAAUAAAUAUCCUCUGAUGAAUAGUUCAUUCAAUGAGGAAUCCAAGGAAGUCAUUCUGAAAGGAUGCCACAACAUAGGUGUUGCAAUGGCAACUCCAUUUGGUUUAGUUGUACCAAAGAUAAAGAAGGUUCAGUCACAAUCAAUACUUGAGGUUACAAAAGAGCUAGCAAGGCUCCAGCAACUUGCAGUAGCUAACAAGCUGAGCGCCGAAGAGAUUAGUGGGGGAACCAUAACCCUAAGCAACAUUGGAUCUAUCGGCGGAAAGUUCGGUUCCCCAAUCCUCAAUUUACCUGAAGUUGCCAUUAUUGCUAUUGGAAAGAUCCAGAAGCUUCCCCGAUUUUCUGAUGAUGACAAAGUAUAUCCGGCAUAUGUUACCAAUGUAACAAUUGGAGCUGAUCAUAGAAUUGUUGAUGGAGCCACUGUUGCAAGAUUCUGCAAUGAAUGGAAGCUGCUGAUAGAAAAACCUGAGCUUCUCUUACUGCACAUGAGAUGAAGUAAGCAAACAUCUUAUACUGCACGAGAAAACUAAAAUUUCAGGAAAAUUGAACACCUUUUUUGUUUAAUGAUUAUUUAUUUUAUCGACAUUUAGGAUGAGUGUUACUGAGAUUAGCAUGAGAUAUAUUCAUGAAAGAGUUGAUGUAGCUCUAAUGGCAACCCUACACGGUCACAUUAAACAUCGAUCAUAUACGAUUAGGGAGUCAUCUUCGAUUCUUUUUUUAUUAUAUUUAUUUAAAAUAUCAAGGUAAAUAUAAAAGUUUAUGUAUUAAAUUUAUAGAACAUAAAUGUUGUGUUAUAUAUAUAACAUUAUCAAAUCAAGCAACUGAGAGCAUUGUCAUCAGCAGCAAGAAAAUUUUUCAAAAAAAGCCCACUUAAUGUAAUUUCUAUGCUUUACAGACCAAUUCAAAUCAAAAGACAAGGGAAAAUGCCCCCAGAAAAAUGUAGAAAUGCAUUUCCCACUGACCUCUUUCAAAAAAUUUCAAAAAAUAUACCAAAAAAAAAAAAAAAAAAAAAA